UUCACCUCCCUCUACAGCACACUGCCACUCCGAAACCCCAAGCGCCACCGGCUUCCCCCUUCCUCCUCCCCGCGCCGCCGCGGCGAUGCUCCUCUCCGGGCCGCCGGCGGCGCCCACUCCACCGCUGCUCCUCCCGGAGAGCAGCGGCGAGGACGGCGGCCACGACUCCUCCUCCCGCGCCGCGGCGGCGGCGGGGUCGGUGCCGAAGAGGCGCGCGGAGACGUGGGUCCGGGAGGAGACCCUCUGCCUCAUCGCGCUGCGCCGGGAGAUGGACGCCCACUUCAACACCUCCAAGUCCAACAAGCACCUCUGGGAGGCCAUCUCCUCCCGGAUGCGGGACCAAGGGUUCGACCGUUCCCCGACCAUGUGCACGGACAAGUGGCGCAACCUCCUCAAGGAGUUCAAGAAGGCGCGCAGCCACGCGCGGAGCAGCGGCGGCGGCGGCUCCGGCGCCGGAGGGAACGGCAACGCCAAGAUGGCGUACUACAAGGAGAUCGACGACCUGCUCAAGCGCCGUGGGAAGGCGAGCGGCAGCGGCGGCGGCGUUGGCAGCGGCAGCGGCAGUGGUGCCGGGAAGAGCCCCACAUCCAACUCCAAGAUCGAGUCCUACCUGCAGUUCGCGACAGAUAACGGCUUUGAAGAUGCUAGCAUUCCCUUUGGACCUGUUGAAGCAAAUGGUAGAUCAUUGCUGAGUAUUGAUGAUCGUUUGGAGGACGACAGGCAUCCACUUCCGUUAACGGCUGCUGAUGCGGUUGCAACCAAUGGUGUGAACCAAUGGAAUUGGAGAGAUACCUCAACUAAUGGUGGAGAUAAUCAGGGCACUUUUGGUGGAAGAGUCAUUUUAGUCAAAUGGGGCGAUUACACUAAAAGAAUAGGUAUUGAUGGUACAGCUGAAGCAAUUAAGGAAGCCAUCAAAUCAGCAUUUGGACUUAGAACAAGACGAGCUUUCUGGCUUGAAGAUGAAGAUGAGGUUGUCCGUACCUUGGACAGGGAUAUGCCAAUCAGAACAUACACACUUCAUCUUGAUGAUGGUGUGACAAUCAAACUCUGCGAUGCAAGCCGCAUGCAGACCCCAGAAGACAAGACGUUCUACACCGAAGAUGACCUCCGAGAUUUCCUUGCACGGCGUGGUUGGACACUCCUCAGGGAGUAUGGUGGCUACAGAAAUGUUGAUAGCCUGGAUGAUCUCCGCCCUGGUGUGAUUUAUCAAGGGUUGCGGUCCCUUGGGGAUUAAUUUUGCAACAUCUGCCUGGGCAAGGCAUGUAAUGUGUGCCAAAGAAGCAUAGUAUAUUACUACCAUUUAGUGUAAUCUAAGUCAGCCAUCUUUGUUCUCUGAUAUAUGUAAAUGUAGCUGAUGACACUGUUAACUAGAAUGUAUAGCCGAUUAUAUGCAAUUGGAGUGUGCAGUAAGUGGUUUUCGAAUUCACUGUGUAUCAAUGUAUCUUCCCUUGCAUGAAAUCUGCAAGAAAAGGA